AUCAUUAAUUAAUAUUGAGUGUUAAUUUAUAUAAUUUAAAAGUGAUUCCGGUCAUUUUGAUAAACAUUUUAAUCAUAAAAUCUUUAGAAACUGUGUGUAUCUUGAAGUGACCAAAUUUUGGUCUCUGACCAGCUCAGCUGAUGAGCCUGUCCAAAGUGAUCUGAUAGGACCAAUGACUAUGACUUAUCCACCAGUCGAUAAAGAUUUCGUUCCUCCUGAAUGGAUGAAACUUCCUAAUGAUGUACAGUUGCCUUCCUCACUACGGAUGCAUAAUUUAAUUGAAAAAACCGCUCUGUUUAUCAGUAAACACGGAUCACAAAUGGAAAUCCUUGUUAAAGCCAAACAAGCAAACAAUCCACAAUUUGAUUUUCUCUCUUUUGAUUCUCCAUUGAAUAAGUAUUACAAAUAUCUUGUUACAUCCAUGAAAUCCGGUGAAUAUGUUUCAAGUCUAGAGAGGCAAACGGAUUCUGGGGGAUCUGAUGAUGAAGAUCAUUAUCUUCACCCAAGUUUACUUGGGUCAGCGAAAGCAAAUAAAAGUCCAGAAAAAUUAUUUCUUCCGCAAAUACCCAGAGCUCCUGAUGAGAAUAGUUCUUACUCUCAGCUAGUCAAAAGUUUGAAGGAUAAAAUUGUCAGAGAACCAGAGAAAAAAUCUGAAGAUGGAUCAUUGAGCAGUAAAGGCAACAAUACUAAUAAUAAUUGUACAAGUGGAAAUACAUCACCAAUUAAUGAAUCUAAUAGCAAAACUGAUUCCAUGUCCAUUCUUCCACCUCCCCCUCAUGAAGUACAAUUAUACAUUGAUAAACUUGCUGAAUAUGUAGCUAGAAAAGGUGAAGAUUUUGAAAGAGCUAUUCGUAAAAGAAAUGAGGCAAGAUUCGAAUUUUUGACUCCGGGAAACAUUUUCCAUGGACAUUAUAUUAAGCGAAAGUUGUAUUUUCUGGAAGAAAAGCGGCAAACUCAAGCUGAAGAUCUCAUAGCUAAAUCUAUGGCUUCUAGUAGUGGUGAUGGAGUAAAUAAGAAUCUAGUGAGUUUUAGCCUUUCGUCUAAGGAGAAAAAAACUCUAAUUGUUAAAGACGAUGGCAGCCCGGAUCAUAUGAAUAAGACGAAAGAUGAGACUGGUUCAGAUAUUGAUAGUGAUCUGGAUGAACAGAUUAUUUUUGAAGGAAUUACUUCCAAGCAAGAAAAUACAACUCGUGAAAAACAGUUGCAAGAAGAGAGAAGACGCAAAGCUGCCUUAUUUCUGAGUCUACUAAAGAAGAAACAAUCAGAAACUAAAGAAACCAAAGAAACUGCAGCCAAUUCUGAUAGUAAUAAAAACAAUGGUAGUUAUUUUAAUUCAUUUUCACAAAUAAAUGAUCACCCUGGCGAUUCACCUAAUAGAAGUAAAAGUCCUAACAUAAUUAAUCUGUCACCUACCAUUGAAGCAGUUACUUCACCAGUUGUAUCUCCAAAAACUGUAAAUCUAGAUGAAGGAUCGUCCGGAUCAGAUUCACCAAAAAACUCUGACUAUGUUAAUGAAUCAGUUAAGCCCUCUUCGUCUUUGUUACCAUUCAAAUCAACUGAUAAAUCAAGGAGAGAUAAAUCACCGUCCUCAAGUCCGCCAUCAAGCACAUGCUCCAAACAUAGCUCUCACCACCGCCAUCAUCACGGUCAUCACCAUCAUCACCGCCAUCGCCAUCACCACCAUCACCCGCCUCAUCCUCCACACCAUCAUCACCAUCACGGCCACCACCACCAUCGACAUCACCACAGACAUCAUCAUCCCCACCAUCACCAUAGGCGAAGAUCACAUUCUAGGUCCAGAUCGCAUUCAAGGUCGCCUUCUAGGUCGAGAUCUCGUUCUCCUCGUCAUAAAUCACGAAGACGCCGAUGCUAACUUAAUUUAAAUUGGUUGAUAAUUUAUUAACGUGGUUACAUAAGUUGAAUUUGCCAUUGCCUUAAAGAUCCUUGGCGCAAUAAUCCGAGUGUUCAUUGUUUUUCUCAACUAAAUGAUUAUUCGUAAUUGUUGGCAAAGAUUGAUAAAUACUAAGCCAUUGAUUAUGUACAUAGAAACACUAAAAUAUUUUUUUGUCCCGACAACUCCUCUGCUCAACUUCCACCUAAUAAAAAACAUAAUGACUUGAUCUCUCAAUGAAGUACAUCAAUAUUGCAAGUCAAAUAUUGUUAAAACAAUAUUUCCCGCUCAACGCCAACAUUUUUAUUUUCAAUCAGAUGAAUGUCUAUAGCUUCAAUUAAAUGAAAUUCAUUCAUUGCUUUAUCAAACAUGUUCAAUAUCGAAUAUUCCAAAGUUUUAAAUUAAAUAUUUUUAAUAUCA